UACGUUUUUCAUAAAAAAAGUGUAUAAAUAACACACUUAAGAGUGUGUGAUAAAUAAUGAAAUGUUUCAAAUACCAGAAGAGAAACUUCCAGAUUUUGCUAAAGAUGAGCAGAAAGUUAGCGUUCUUUUCGCACCUCUCAGGAACAGAACAGUGAAUCCUAGAGACUGGGAUAACAAAAUAAAUUGCUGGAAGAUUUUAAUAUCACUGUACUGUAAAUCCAAUGACGUAUACAGCUUCACUUUACAAUCAAUGAAUAAGGUAUUUGUUAGGAAUGGCAGACCACCUGUGUGCCUUAAAGAUGUUUUGGAACAAAUGUUGAAAGAUGGUGACAUAAUACCAUUAGACAAGUUUGACUCAAAGAGUCCUGAAACUUGGAGUGGAUGGGCUACAGAUGUGUUAAUAAAACGACCAUUAGUUUGGUCAUUCAAUAAAUUAAAAAAUUCUAUGUUUGAUCCCUCUGAUAAUAUCACAUAUGUAGAAAUAAGUGUAAUCAAUGAAAAAAGUACAGAAUUAUUUAAUUUGAUACCAAAGGAUUACCUUAAUAAAGUGAUAAAUAUGAAUGACCUAUUAAGCAUACUUAAGAAAGAUAGAAGUUAUUCAUCAAGUGUGAAAAUGUUAUUGCACAAUUUGGCUAAUCAGAAGAAAGUUUUUGUGCAUACUUCAAAUAUUGUUGAUGAUGAAACAUAUAUGAUCAAAUUUACAGAUAAGAACACUGCAGCUCCUAUUAAUGAAAUGGAUAUUGGUAUUUACUCUCUUGAAAAGAAUGAAAAAUUACUGACAGAGACAAUUGAAAAGUUAGAAGAUGAAAUACAGUCUUUAAUCAAACAAGCAAAAGCCCAACUUGCAAAAGGACAUAAACAGAGUGCAAAAACAUGCUUAAGAAAAAAACAUGAGAUAGAAAAACGUAUUAGCAAAAAAGCAGAUGCAUUACACAAUAUUCAGGUCCUUGUAGAGAGGAUUCGUGAUACCCAUUCUGAUGCUCAUGUAUGGGAAUCUUAUAAACUGGCCUUGGAAUCUUUUAACACUACAUUCAAAGGAACAGGCUUAUCAGAAGAUGCUGUGGAAGAUACAAUGAUAAAACUAGGAGAGGUACUUGAUAUACAUGAUGAUAUUCAGACAGCAUUAUCUAAACCUGCUAAAGAUACAACUGCCAGUGAAUCAGAUUUAGAACAGGAACUGGCUGACUUACUUAAAACUGAAGAUAAACAGGAGCCAUCCACUGACACUAUUGAAGCUCAGCUAGCAAAAUUGCAUCUUAGUUUUCCAGAUUUAUCAGAUGAAAGCAAAGAUAAUUCUCAACUUGAAAUGUCUACUGCCUAACUAAUGUUUUAAAUAUGUAUAUGUACACAAGUUUUCUACUAUAUUUAUUUGAAAAUAGAGAUUUAUAUAAAAAUGGGACUCUUUAAUAAACAAUUUAUUUUAUUAUUUAAA